AUGAACUUCACGAACAUCAAUGAUCCUGCAGGUAUCAAAGCUCUCCUCGACCGACUGAGAUCGUCACAGGCAUGGCAAGAGAGUAUUGGCGGCCUCGAUGGCGUAGCGGAGAAGCCACCACCGACCUCGACCACGCCUCAGAGUACACCGCCGACUUCAACCACACCUCAGGCUACACCACCCCUCACACAUCCACCCGCCACCACAAACAAUGCGUCUAAACCGUCGUCCUCGGUGGCCGAUUUACUUUCCCAACUUAAUUCAUCCGAACCUAAAAUUCUACCGAGGCCCUCAAAACUCGAACCUUCGACAUCGCGUUUCACUACGCAACAGACUUCCCUACAUCUUUCACAAGCGGCUAGCCACCGCCCCAUUUUUCAACCUCCAGAGGAGUCGGCUCAUCAGUCAGCUCCAAGUACCAAUGGUUUCACACACGGGCAAAACCCCCGCAUGAUGUCAUUUCAGCAGGCAUUGCCCCAUCUCACACAACUGGCAGAAAGCACAGACUUCGUUGCUGCCGUAGCCCAUUUACGAGAAGAGCAGACUGACUUGGAGAGACAGUUGUGGGAAGAGCGACUCGCUAUACAUAGAAAACACGAGAAUAAAGUCAAGGUUACGCAGACCAAGGCCGCUUUGAUUGGCGGAGGUAUAUCCCAAUACGAGGCAGAUAUGCUGAACGACGCUUUUCGCAAAGAGCUGCAAAAGUUUGAUGCAGAACGCGUCCUUUUCGCAUGGGACGGUCUCUUGCAGAAGCAGCAGUCUGCGCUGGAAGGCCUCGGAGUACCAACCAUGUUCGCUUCUGAUUUGCGGGUCGAUAGAGAGAAACAACAAAGAGUAAUACAAGUCUUGGAAGGUAUAAUGGGGUGAGGAUGACGUGUCUAUUCCGUGCCUCGUUAUCAUUGCAGAUACAAAGUGUCUUCAGGCAACCAGCACAAUAAAACUCCCGGGCGCGGGCUAGACUUGCGGCAAGUGCUACCCUGCAGGGAUAAGAGCCGCAGGUAACUUUAUACCGUGACGGACCUUGCGUGCGAAUGUCGGAAGCUGAUUGCGUGUCCAUCGAACGAUGUUCUAGGCCUGGCCAUUCCGGUAAUGAAGAACAUGGCACUUGGGUAUACUAUCGGCGGCGAGCACUGCACGAGAUAGCAUACUCAAGUGACUAACUUCAGGAGACAGAGACGUGAGAGGAACUGAGACGCUGGGGAGGAAGCUUGAGUGGCUUCCAUUUACUUGCAUUCCGGCAUGUCGUACGCGAUAACGAAUCUGAGUUAUCGCAAUUG